AUGGUGCAAGCCGGCCGUGUGGCGUGCAUCACGGCACCUUUCCUGCUGUCGAUCGCCGCCCUUGUGACUCUCGUGCUCGUCUUCAUUGCCGGCACCAUGGAGGAGAAUCGCACCACGGGCGAUCUCUACUUCGUAAAGAUUGACCUAACGAACCUCACCCUUAGCGCAUCCUCAAAUAUCGCGCCAGACGCCGAUGCCACUACCCUCUCAACCCUCGGCAAUGCUCUCGAGGCAGCGAAACAAACCCUGGGAAUGGACGACCAUUACACCGUAUACCUCCGCAACUACUGCAGCUGGAAUGCCGACGAAGAUGCGUACAGCGACUGCAUCUCGCCCAAGGCAUACUUCUGGUUCAACCCCAUUAAGGUCUGGGGUCUGGACCGCGCCGCACUCCCCGUCGAAGAUUACCUUCCAGGCUCAUUCCGCAAUGGCCUCGACGCCUACCACUCCGGCAGCAAAGCCAUGUUCGUGCUCUAUGCCGCCGCAUUGGCAUCCACUUGCUUCAGCAUCCUAGUCGGCAUCACCGCAAUCUUCAGCCGCUGGGGCAGCUUCUUCACCACCUUCUUCGCCACCGUGGCCUGGGUCGCGUACGCGGCAGCCACAAUCGUCGCCACCGCCAUGUUCGCCAUCCUCAAGGGUGUCAUCGACAACGAACUGGAGGACGAUUACGGCGUCGAGACCCGACUGGGAACACGCGCGCUAGCCACCUCGUGGAUCGGCACUGCCUUUGCCGUCGGCGCUGGUUUCUUCUGGUUCCUCAGCGUCUGCUGCUGCAGCGGCCGGAGUCCGUACAACAAGAAUCACGAGCGUGGCCGGGGCAAGACUCGGGCGGAGAAGACGCCCUAUACCUACGAAAGAGUUGGCAGUCCGUACAUGGGACCCAGUGCCGGCCAGUCAGUACCUUUGGGCGCAUAUGGCGGCGCGCAGCCCCAGCAGACCGGGAGCGCAUAUGAGCCGUUUAGAAGUCGUGUUUAA